AUGUCCGGGGAGAAGCGGAGUUUCCGCGCGCAGCCGGCAGUCAAGAGCAUCUUCGUGUACCGGAACGGGGACGCGCACACGGAGGCGCGCCGCGUGCUCAUCCACGAGAAGCGCGUGCGCGACUUCGAGACGCUUCUCCGCGAGGUGACCGGGCGCGUGCGCGCUCCGUUCGGGGCCGCGCGCUGCAUCUACACUCCCACAGCCGGACACCGCGUGGACGCGCUCGAGCACGUGCGCCACGGAGAGCGGUACGUCGCGGCGGGCAAAGAGAAGUUCAAGAAACUGGACUAUUUGCAGAUCAGCAGCAGGAAGAAACAGAUUCUCCAGAACAACGGACUGGUGAAAGCUGCACCUCAGAACCGGAUUAUCGUCUCAGCCCGAUUCCUGAAGCCCAUCAAAGAGCCGUGUGCAAUAUUCGUCAUCGCGAACGGAGACGUGUUGAAUCCAGCUGUGAGGUUGCUGAUUCCAAACCGCCUGCUCACCCAGUUUGAGCAAAUCCUGGAGAUGAUCACAGAGAAAAUGGGGCUGAGGAUUCUGGGAGGAGUGCACAGUCUGUGUUCGCUCGACGGAGUUCCUGUCACUGACGGGAAGGAUCUCGAAAAUGGGCAGUUUUAUGUUGCAGUGGGCAGAGACAAAUUCAAACGCCUGCCUUACACCAAGUCCCUGUUCAUCAAACCUGGAGGCGUGAGGAGGAACGUCAGAUCGAAAGCAGCUUCUCUUCCACCGAUUUACAAAUACACAAAACAAAACAGAGAUCAGGCAGAUAACGAUGUGAGCAAAUCAAAUGACCAUGACGACGCGAAGAUCGACGACCUGACGGCGACUCUGGUGCGCCAGAUUUCCCAGGUGAGGCUCAUGGCCAAACGCAAGAAACGGAGCCUGACCAACUCAUCCAGCACCCAGGAUAAUGACAACGCAGAUCCCAAACCCAACGGCGAGGACAUGGAGGGUGAAGAAAAGCCUGCAGAAGACAAGACUUCAUCAGCAGAGCAGGCGGACAACAGUGAGGACAAAGCAGUGGGAGGGGAAGAGGCAGCAGCUGGAGAGGAGCUGGCAUCAGCACAAGAGGAAGAGGCAGCACCAGGAAAGGAAGAGGCAGCAGGAGAAAAGGAAGAGGCAGCACCAGGAAAGGAAGAGGCAGUAGCAGGAAAGGAAAAGGCAGCGGCAGAAAAGGAAGAGGCAGCAGGAGAAAAGGAAGCGGCAGCAGCAGAAAAGGAAGAGGCAGCAGUAGAAAAGGAAGCGGCAGCAGGAGAAAAGGAAGCGGCAGCAGGAGAAAAGGAAGCGGCAGCAGCAGAAAAGGAAGAGGCAGCGGCAGGAAAGGAAAAGACAGCACCAGAAAAGGAAGUGGCAGAAAAGGAAGAGACAGUAGGAGAAAAGGAAGAGGCAGCGGCAGAAAAGGAAGAGGCAGCAGCAGAAAAGGAAGAGGCAGCAUCAGGAAAGGAAAAGGAAGCAGCAGAAGACAUGGCAGCAGCAGAAAAGGAAGAGGCAGCAGUCAAGGAAGAGGCAGAGGAUGAGGCAGCAGGAGAAAAGGAAAAGGCAGCAGUCAAGGAAGAGGCAGCAGCAAAGGAGGAAGCAGAUGCAGAGGCAGUAGCAGAAUUGGAGGCAGCAGUGGAAAACGAGGCAGCAGGAGAAGACAAUCCAGGGCAACCCAAGGAACCUGCAGAAGAAACAGGAAACAGAGAGGGGGCGGGAAAGGACACGGCAGCAAGGGAAGGAGGAGGAGAAGAAAACGAAGAGAAGAAACUCGUGACGGCGAACCGAUAAGAAAAUACAGAUCCAUUUCGAAACAGCAAAGGAUCGAAUAGUACAUUAUAUUUAUUUAUUUUUAGUUGGUGACAAUGGGGGAAGUCCAUAUAAGGUAAAGUGAAAACAUAUUAGCAUAUGACAUUAGAACAAAGAAUAUACAACUAACUCAAACUUACUGCAGAUGAUAGUGGGCGUGUCUGUCUCCAUUUAAGGAAAUGAGAAUUGGAAGAUGGAACUGGGGCCGUGUAUGAACGUGUGGUGUAAUCACGUCACUCUGAGCCGCCAUGUGUGUGGGGGGGGGGUUUAGUCACGUUACGGUGAGCGAAUGAUGGAACAAACGCUGCUUUAUUUUAUACACAUAAAAAAAAAUCUAAUAUUUGCAGAGGUAUAUUUUGGGAAAGUGCUUCAUUAUUGUGUGUCGAUGUAUGAAUUAAAAUAAUAAAAAGCAUGAAUGAAUGAAAAUAAAUAAAUAAAGUUAUUUAGUUGGGUA